CGCGAUAGUGUUGUGUUGUGUGCUUGUGUCUGUCCGUCUGUGUGUAACAACUAACGUGAUCUCAGGAUUUAAACAUUUUUCAAGUGGGAUGGUGUGUGGGCGGGGGCGCCAUGUCGGCGGUGAUGAGCACCCUGUCCAUGAUCAGCGGCGGCCGACGGGCGCACCGCAAACUCGCCAGUUCCCGUAAGUCCGGGCAGUACUCGGACGUCGGCGAGGACCGAAGUCGCAGUCAGAAUGACCUCAAGCAGCGCUCCUCCUCACUCCAAACCCUGGAGACGGGCGGGGUCGUCAACCUCGACAACUUGGAGGCGAAGAUGGCCAGCAUCGAAGUGUCGCUCGCUGGUGCGCGGCGGCGCAGCGCGGGCGCGAGAGACGCUACGCGCGAGUUGGAUGCUUUACGCGGCGCGCUGGUUGACAAGGACGCUAUAAUACAGAACCUCAAGAAGCAGCUGAGCGCCUCCUUAUCGGCAGCGCGUCUCGCAGCCGCCACCUCCCCGCCGCGGCAGGAUGCCCCUUCUCUCACUGCUGAGGAACGCCAGGCUCUGGAGGAGCGAGCUGCCGCCGUCCGAACAGAGCUGGACACCAGGAGGGCCAACAUACAGGAACUGAAGCGGCGACUGGAGAAGACGCAUGUCACUGAGAACAUAGACACGCGCAUCGAGCAGGCGGAGCUGCAGUACCAGGUGGGUCGCGAGGAGCUGGAGCUGCUGACUCUGGCGGAGCAGGCGCGGGGGCUGGCCCACCUGCUGCAGGCCGACGCCGCAGCCCGCGCCCGCAGCCCCGCGCUAUACAGCACGGUGCGUGAUUGCGGCGGCAGUGCACUGGUGGUGGCGGCGGAGGCGCGCGACGGCGGCUGGAGCACCAGCGCCCGCGGCAACACCAUGCUCGUGGACUGGGCCGACAACCCGCACAUUAAAGCCGGAGACAGGAUAAUAGAAGUGAACGGCGUGUCGACGCUGGGCUGCAGCACGGAGGAGUUCCGGCGCGCGGCGGCGAGCGCAGCGCCCGCGCGGCUCGUGCUGCUACGACCGCAUGCGCACGCGCACCUCACACAGAGUGAAGCGGCGUCGCUACGGACGGAGUUGGGCUCGCUGCGGCUGGCGGCGGACGAUGCGGAGCGCGCCAAGGACGACCUACGCGCCGACAACACGCGCCUCACGCACCGCAUCUCCUACCUCGAGGACCAGGUCGCCGAGCUGCUCUCCAGGCAUACGCAGCUCCACUCCGUGAGCAGCUCCGACAGCAGCUGUAUAACAGUCAACAAAACCAAAAGAAACGUGACCAACAUCAACAUCACGACGGACUCGGCCGGCGGCGCCAAGGCCAGCCCCAAGUCCGAGAUCCAGGUGUUCCAGAAGGGCCCCGACAUCACGGCCAUCGUCGCCAAGCUGCCCGGCCUGGACGGGCCCGAGAGCAACCUGCCCGUCAUGAGGCCGCGCUCCAACGCGUCCGGCGCCUCGUCCAAGAUGGCGGCGUCCCCCCGCGCCUCCCCGCCGCCGCACCGCGCGCACAGCUCGCACGGCUCCGAACCCCGGGCCUCGAGAAUGCGCCCCUCCCUCUCCCAUCACUGCAUCGGCGCCGUCGACUACGGCGCGGAGACCGACGCCGCCAUCCGCAUGAUCGAGCGCAACCAGCGCCACAUGGAGAAGCAGCGGCUCAAGAACGAGCGGUUCGCCCGGCCGAGGACGGAGGAGCACCGCCGCUCCGCUGGUGACCUCGACGCCCGGGAGCCCCCCGCCGGCGCCGACGUGAAGCGGGCGGCGGACCGGAUAGAGGAGAGCAUAAAGAAGACCAACUGGGCCGAGCGGAAGACGCUCUCGAUCAUCGAGCAGCUGAAGCGAUCACAACGCCUGCGCAAGCUGAAGAAGAACGAGAGCGCCGAGGACAUCCAGGUGGAGACGGACCGGAGCUACGCGUACAGCCGGAUAGACGGGAAGGUCAUAGAGAACGCGCACAAAUCGAGCCGGCGCUCGUCCAAGCUGUACACGCGGAGCGCCCGAUCCUCGGAAAUAGAGUCGGAGUCGGAUUUUCCGAACGGGGACAUCUACAGCAGCUCGCCGCGCCUCGACUACGGCUCGGAGACGUCGCGCCUGAGCCAUUACACGCGGGGCGACGACGCCAAGUCCCGCCCGACGCCCCCUCGGAAACCUCUGCGGCUAUCUCUUCACAAAGCUAAAAGCGCGCACUCGCUGAUGAACGGGAGCGAGUCGGAGACGCCGAGCCGGCCGGGCUCGGAGGCGCAGAACUCGGAGUACGAGUGCCACAAGCGGCCGAUCAAGCGGAGCCACGCGAGCGACAAGUGGAGCAAGGAGCGGCGAGAGGCGGGACGAGCGACGCCCCGCCCCACGCGCAAGUCGCUCAACGGGCUCAGCACGUGCGACGCGCCCGCCGCUGACGACCUCUACCCCGAGAUGCACAGGAACAGCGAGAUCAUACCGACGGGCCGGUGGUGUUGAUGAUCAUGGAAUAGAAAAGAGAGAAAUCUUGAACACCUGCAGUAAAGCUGAUCGCACAUUUGUCAGCACCGUACGCGCCGUAUUUCGUGGCGUCAUUUCAUACUACGAAUUCUAAAAUGCGACGCGUACGGAGCGUACGGUGCUGACAAAUGUGCGAUCACCUUAACUCUCCCUUAAUAAGCCUUAUGAGGCCUUCUUAGAGUGAACGACGUAUAAUAUCUGCGGACUGUCGUGAUAUGUCGCAGAAUUAGGUUCAUAGAUAUAACGUCCCUGUUAAACAUGACAAUAAAUAAUAAAAUAAGUGAUAAUUUAAACGCUUAUGUAUUGUGGUGGAAUGGUAUGAAAUUAUAUCACGGGGUUUGUUCUGUAUUCGUUGAUAACGGUAUUGAUUCUAUUUGAGCCACAUUAAAGGUGCCGGUUGG